CUAACAAAUACGAUACAAUAGGACGUACCAAACGAGCCCAUAAUUGUAUAAUUACUUCAUGAGUUUGUUUAGAAAUUGGUUCAGGCCUUAACAUAAAGGUGCUGGUAGGAUGUAAUUUGAAGUACUCAAUGAAGUUUUUUGAUUCACCAAAUAAAUAUAUAACGUGAGGUGGUGCAAUUAGUUCAGUGCUAAUUACUUUUAACGACUUAUAAAUAUAACAGACACACUUUGCUCUUGAUGUGCUGAAAAGGGGCGAUGUCUCAGCUGCUCUGUUUGCUCCUGGAUGGGUCUAUGAGACUAAACAACCACCAGAUUUUCAAACUGCACAAAAUCAGUAAUACAUUUCCUUGGACUAAAUCCAAAAUCCUAUACUGCUACAUUAAUUAUGUUUUACACUUUACCAUUGUAGUUGUUGAACACGGUUUAUUUUACAAUUAUGAGUAUUACUCAUAGUCAUGUAUUUGGGUUUUGCAGUUGGUGGAGCCUUGUGGAGAAAUCAUGGGGAAUAGGAAAACAUUAUCCUAGAGGCCUACCAUUCUACUCAAAUUUUGAUCAGGGCCGUGCUCAUCAUUUUUCUGUUGAUGGAGUGCAUAUUCUAGAUUCUUCAUGGAAUAACCUUUCAACUCGAGGCUUUCAGCCAUUUCUCGAGUACAAGGAUAAUUCUACCUUAAAUGACAUGAAAGUGCUUGUUAAUUUCAAUGGAGCAUCUUACGGUGGCGGAAGUAACAUCACUUUCAAAGGAAGACUUAAUAAAGGCAAUGCUUAUUUCACGACAAGACUAUUUCAUGGGAAGCUUCCUUUGGGGAACUCACCUCUUUACUUUACAUACUCUGUGAAAUCUAAGGCAAAUUCUCUGCUUGGCCUAAUUCUCAAUUUCUCUUCUGGGGCAGGGGAGAAAAAGUCUGUACUUCUUGCACCAGCUAAAGUAGAUCAUCUCUCAGGCAAAUUUAGUACCGUGGUCACAACACGUCAACUAGAAAAUCUUGGAGCUUCUUCAGAAUGGACCAUACAGGAGAGCAGCAUCUCACUUUGUGGACACACAUUAACAGAAAUCUCUGCUUGUUGCUACAGGCCUGAUCCUCAAAUUGUGAAAUUAGACGACGAUAACACUUCCGAUCAAAGUACAGCCUCAGUCGAGUACUAUGCUGUGCUUGGCCACAUAACAGUCAAAAGUUCAGAACAGAAAUCAAAUUUUCCACCCUCUUCUUCAUGGGUUGUCGAGGGUGAACACAUCAAAUGGACUCCAUCCUCUGAAGAUUCUAAGUCUGUGAGUGUAAAGAUUAUUUGGAAAUUGAAAGAUGGGAAUGAUUCUACAUUCCCAAAAUACAAUAUUUAUGCAAAGAAAGCAGAAUCAGCAAGUGAGUUCCUUGGAGUGGCGCGAGUUCAAGCGUUUUAUGUUGGUGACUAUGCAGUUCCCUCUGGUAGUUCUGGUGUCAAAUUUUUCAUUCAAGUGUGUGAUGUUGAUGGGAGCAGCCAGACACUAGAUGAUUCCCCUUCUCUCCUAUUGAAGCCAACCACCUAAAGAUAACUCUCAUUAUUAUGUCUUGCUAGUUCUUUUAUUACAUCUUCAAUAAGCAGCAUUAUCCAAAAUAACAAUAAGAAUGCUUUAAUAAUAAGGACUUUGAUCCAAAAAUAUGAUGGUUCGCAAAACCCAUCAAUUUAAAUUGUAUCUUUCCCACCUUGCCAUAAUAAGAAAUUGUAUCUUUCUUUCUUCAUUA